CUGGAGAAGCUUACCAAAUCAAGACCACCUCUUGCACAAUUAGCUAAGCAAGAUAUCAAAUGUAUCAUGUAUGCCAAACAGUUAAAGGGUGGAUCUAAAAAAGUUUCAGAGUGGUAUAAAAUCGGUAGCCCAAAGUGCAAUAAAAUAUGGAAUAAAUUUGAGAAGGCAGAAAUAGCACCCAAACUAACACCUCAAGAAAUAAUUACACCCGAGGAACCCAAACCAGAGCCCAUGGAA